AUGUCCGUUAAGACCCCCAUCCAAGCGAGUUACGAAAAGAAAGUGCAUACACCACCAAGCAUAGAACGACAUGACAGUGCACGGCCAAAACUUGUCAAGAGUUUUUCUGGAAAGUUGUUUAGAAGACAGUUAGAGCUGGAAUCAAAUUCGUGCCACACGUUUGAUUCAACUGGGUUAUUUGUGCCAGCAUACAGCUUAUCAUCAGGAAAAAAACGUACUCCCAAACCACUAAAUCUUUCGCACCCUAUUACACCACCACCCAGCUUAAGAAAAACGAGCACAACAUCUGCUUCAACUUAUUCCUCGUCUCUCAAUACUAAUUUAUUCCACAGUGGCCUAUCUCAACUAGAGUCACCAAUAAAGCUAGCACCUUCGGUGGAAAUCAAGAACUUGGAAAUUCUGUCGAAUUCAGAGGCGACAUACAGUCUCAAUUCAGGCAUCAGUCCUAGGCACCGCGGCCAUCCAAUUGUUUGGACGGAAACUGCCAAUGAUCCCUUUCUUGAAGAGGGCUCCCCAACUUAUCUUUGUGAUGUAUCUGAGAAUAUUUCCAGAGUGAGAACAAAUGGUGGCCACAGACGAUUUAUCAGUAGCACAUGUGCAUUGUGUGAUGAGAAGAUGAGCAGCAUCUUUUGUGGAGAAAAAGUAAUUGAGAUGACCUGUUCUCACGCAUGCCAUUAUGAAUGUUAUCUCACCAUGCUGGAAUCUUUAUAUUUCAAAAAAACAUACCCAUGCUGUACAAUCUGUCACAAAUUGGUAAAGCCAGUUGACGAAGAAAUCUUGGAAGAAAUGAUUUCCAGUUUACUGACAAAAAGAAGAUUCUCCGAUGAAAACUAUACCAUCGAACCUCAAAAUUUUUUUUCUAGAGCACACACAACUAGCGCUGUUGGGUUAUUCACACCACAGGAUCAGCUUAUCAAAACAAGUGAUGUUUCGUGCAAUGGCUUCAGGACACCGUUGUAUACACCUCCCCUAGAUAGGAAACUAACCCAUAACCGUACUGACAGUGACGAGCUCGAUAUAAACUUUCCUGAUGAUUGGAGCCAGACGUUUUCAGGUCUCCUAGAUAAAGAGCAAUGCACGAACCAAAGAUCUUUGAGCAAUCCAAGCUUGAAGCAAUUGCCCAUGGAUCUAAAUGGUAUACUUCCAAGCGACCAAUGCGGUCCUCUGGUUGAAAUAUGCCAAAAUAGCGAUGAGGAUUUGUCCUCCUUUACAAUUCGCGUGAAGACAAGCGGGAAUUAUACUCCAGCGAUGGUACAGCUCAAUGCGAAUGAAGCGCAGCUUGAACGUGGUGAGACAACUUGUUUAGGAGUUCAACUGGAAGAAUACCUGAAGGACAAGAUCAACAUAUGUGAUCAAGUAGGAUCUCUUUUAAUAUUUGACGCAAUCGAUUAUUCCACUGAUGGUGAACAAUGGAUUGCUAAUAUUAUUGCAUAUUUGUUCCAAGAUAUCCUUAUACUCUUCGAUCAUGAAACGAUGACUACAGUUGGUAAAAUACCCAUGAAGCAAAUUUGUCAAGUAUUGAAACUGGACAGAGAUACACUACUCAUUGACCUUAAAAGUACAGUGCUUCCUGAAGUUUAUCUUUCAUGUCGCUCAUUUGAUUCUAAGCAAAGUCUUAUGGAGAAAUGGAUGUACUACAUGUCUGGAGGAACUGAAUUACCACAUCUGGAACACAUCACUUUAACUGCAUGGCAUAUUCUCCCAGUUGAGAUUCACAGUGCCAUAAAUCUUCAUCUCGAAACCCUCAAACAGAAUUGUUCCUUCACUGAAAAAUCGCAACCUUGGGAAAGUGAGAAAUCGAAUGUACCUCUCCAACUAAUAAUAUGUUUAAGUAUUUGCAACUAUGGAGUAAAUGAGCAGAAAACAUUAGCUGAUAAUAUGAAAAAAAUCCUGAAUAGUCUCAACGAUGAUGAUUUACUCGGGUUAGUAAUUGUAGGCAGAGAUGGCAGAGGAAAUAUUGGUGAAUAUGGUACGUUUACGGGCACAAUAGGUAAGACAUGGGAUUGCUGGCUCGAAAUAUUUGAUGGUUUGAAAGCAACUUCCAACAAAGUAUUUCAGUCAGAAGUGAGGGAACUAGACAAAAUGCUAGAAACAUGUCACCAUCUCGUCACUACGUCCGAUACCAUGCUUGCGGAAAGCCACCGAUCCAGAUACCUGAAACAGGUCCUUCUAAUAAGAAACGGAGAACCACCAAACCGUAACUCAAAGUAUUAUAAUAUUAUCAAAAAGCAUUACAAAUUUGAUUUCCUGCAAAUGCCAUCGUUUUCCAGCAUCGGAUUCGAAAGCUCCAACGAUAGUAAUGCCAAGAAUGCUGUGAAUGAUUUAGUUUCUACAUUACACGAUAAAAGAAUCAAGGACCUGACAGUGACAAUUAAUGGCCUUAAAAUUUCACUUGGAAAUUUCCAACCGGGUGAAGAAAAAACGAUGACGAUAUCCUCAUCUGAACCUGAUUUUAAUCAACAUCGCGAAUACGUGGCGGAAUGGUUUGAUCGGAAAAUUAAAUUAAACAGAAGCUUCCAAGGGGCGCUAAAAGUUUUGAAACCUGGUGGUAUUACUGGAGCACAUUUUUACAGUUACGAUGCAGAUUCCUCCUAUUCUAAUUGA